UAUAAAUUGCAGAGAUUUGCUGGUGGAGAAGAAUCUCUUUCCCCCUCUUCCCUUCCCCCGCGGUUCUGCAAUUCUCCUUGUGCAAUCGUAAAAACUUUUCUUCCAAUCACUAAUGGCGUAGCGAAACCUCUCUUUCUUUCUCUUUGAUGCGUCUUUUUCUUCCCCACCUCGAACAAUAACGCCAGAUCUUGCUUGCAACUCCAUCUCCUAUCCGAUUCUCCCUUUUUUUUUUUCAAAAUUAAACCAUCUAGUUCAGAUUUCGUUUUCAAUCUAGUCCUUAGAGAGAACUGUUCGUAUUCGUCCCUCCCCACAAAUAAUUCGUCGAGAAAACCUGUGUUGGAAGUGUACCCAUUUUUGGAUUCGCUGUGAAUUUUUUAGUGACUUGAAACCUAAAGUUAAGGUUUGUAUUUUGGUCAAACAUCAGGAACAUGCGUGCCCAGAUGUUGUUUGUUAAGGAGAAUUGUUGUUAUUGAAGAAUGCGUGGGUUUUACAUUCAGCUUAAAUGACGAACGGACAGAGCACACAGGAGUUGCAGUCUUCCACCCAAGUUUUACAUGAGUCCCAAGGUGAACAGAAAAUUAAUCAAUCAAUAGAAGCUCCUAUACAAGAUUCUGCUUCUGCCUCUGCCUCUGCCUCGGCCUCAAGUAAUGAGGGUAGGAAAGUUUCAAGGCAAGACAUUGAACUUGUCCAAAACUUGAUAGAGAGAUGUCUUCAGUUGUACAUGAACAGAGAUGAGGUUGUGAAAACUCUCUUGACCCGUGCAAGAAUUGACCCUGGAUUUACAACUUUAGUAUGGCAGAAACUGGAAGAAGAAAACGCAGACUUUUUCAGAGCAUACUAUAUCAGACUGAAACUGAAGAAGCAAAUAAUUGUAUUCAAUCAUUUGCUGGAGCACCAGUAUAACCUCAUGAAGUAUCCUGUACAUCCAAAAGCUCCUCUGGUCCCAAUGCAAAACGGAAUUCAUCCCAUGGCACCUGGUUGCAGCGCAGUUAACAACAUGCCCAUGGGAUACCCAGUACUACAACAUCCUCAAAUGCAUGCUCCAGGUCAUCCUCAUCUUGAUCCAAUGGGUUGUGGAAUGUCAAGCUGUCACGUGGUUAAUGGAGUCCCUGCACCUGGGCAUUUCCAACCAAUGAGGAUGAACUCAGGGAAUGAUAUGGUAAUAGAUACUACCGUGGCUGAUCCAACUCCAACGAUUCCACCUAACAGUGGUAUGUCAUCAAUGUCGGAGAUGCAAGUGAGUCCAACUUCCGUGGCGUCAAGCGGACAAUUCCCAUUUGCUGCUUCAGACAUGUCAGGCAUGGGAAUGGACACGUCAGCUCUUGACUCUGCUUUCACAUCUGAUGUAGCGACUUCAGAGGGGUUACAACUUGGACAAGAUGGAGGAGCAGGAAGUUCGAGAGACAAUCUCAGGCCAUUUGAUGAGAUUACGUGGAACUUUAGCCUCUCUGAUCUCACUGCAGAUUUGUCAAAUCUGGGAGAUUUAGGAGCCUUAGAGAACUAUCCCGGUUCUCCGUUUCUUCCAUCUGAUUCAGAUAUUUUACUCGAUUCUCCUUCACAAGAGGACAUAGAGGAAUUUUUAGUGGAUUCGGUCCCAGAACCUCCGUGUUCUCAGUCAGACGAAGACAAGCCUUAAUGUAAGGCUAAUUCCCAUAGUCUCAAGUCUUAAAUCAAGCUAUGAUACUUGAUUAAUAGACAAGCAGGCAAAAGUGUUGCUGGUUUCUGGCGUUUCGGCCUAAUUCUCCAAAGGGGAGUAGAGGGUUUCAUGAUCUCUUUGUUCCUAUUAUUAAUGCUAAUAAAUUAAAAUUAGAUUAAUUGCUUAGUGGUCAAUUUCAAGUUGUAAUUGCACCUUUAUUCUGG